UACCGCAGAGCCGCUGCUGGACGGUCGUUCUUAAAGGGCCCGCGAGCCGCCGCCGCCGCCCCCUCGGCUCGCCAUGCUGCUCCCCUUGCCGCUGCUGCUCGGCCUCCUCGGCCUGGCCGUCUCUGAGCCCGCCAUCUACUUCAAGGAACAGUUUCUGGACGGAGAUGGGUGGACCAACCGCUGGGUCGAAUCCAAACACAAGUCUGAUUUUGGCAAAUUCGUGCUGAGUUCCGGCAAGUUCUACGGCGAUCAGGAGAAAGAUAAAGGGCUGCAGACGAGCCAGGACGCCCGCUUCUACGCACUCUCGGCACGGUUCGAGCCUUUCAGCAACAAGGGCCAGCCGCUGGUGGUGCAGUUCACCGUCAAGCACGAGCAGACCAUUGACUGUGGGGGCGGCUACGUGAAGCUGUUUCCGGCCAGCCUGGACCAGAAGGACAUGCACGGCGACUCGGAGUACAACAUCAUGUUCGGGCCUGACAUCUGUGGGCCUGGCACCAAGAAGGUUCAUGUCAUCUUCAACUACAAGGGCAAGAACGUGCUGAUCAACAAGGACAUCCGGUGUAAGGAUGAUGAGUUCACACACCUGUACACGCUCAUCGUGCGGCCCGACAACACGUAUGAGGUGAAGAUCGACAACAGCCAGGUGGAGUCGGGCUCCCUGGAGGACGACUGGGACUUCCUGCCCCCCAAGAAGAUCAAGGACCCCGACGCCGCCAAGCCGGACGACUGGGACGAGCGGGCCAAGAUCGACGACCCCACAGACUCCAAGCCCGAGGAUUGGGACAAGCCCGAGCACAUCCCGGACCCCGACGCCAAAAAGCCCGAGGACUGGGACGAAGAGAUGGAUGGCGAGUGGGAGCCGCCGGUCAUCCAGAACCCCGAGUACAAGGGUGAGUGGAAGCCACGGCAGAUUGACAACCCCGAUUACAAGGGCACGUGGAUCCACCCAGAGAUCGACAACCCCGAGUACUCGCCGGACCCCAACAUCUACGCCUACGACAGCUUUGCUGUGCUGGGCCUGGAUCUGUGGCAGGUCAAGUCGGGCACGAUCUUUGACAACUUCCUCAUUACCAACGAUGAGGCUUAUGCUGAGGAGUUUGGCAACGAGACGUGGGGUGUCACAAAGACGGCCGAGAAGCAGAUGAAGGACAAGCAGGACGAGGAGCAGAGGCUGAAGGAGGAGGAGGAGGACAAGAAGCGCAAGGAGGAGGAGGAGGCGGCGGAGGACGACGACGAGAAGGACAAGGAGGAGGAGGACGAGGACGAGGAGGACAAGGAGGAGGACGAGGAGGACGACGCUGCCCAGCCCAAGGACGAGCUGUAGAGGCCGCCGCCCGCCCGCUCCCCGCUGCGGGGCUGGACUGCGGCCCGCGCUCCCGCCGCACCGCCGGCCGCGCCCACUAAUGUCUCUAUGAGACUCCGUGAGAACUUUGUUUUUCCCUUCCAGGCAGGUUCAGAUUUGGGGUGGAUUUUGGUUUUGUUGCCCCUCACAGCUCCCACAUUUUUUUUACUGGUGUUUGAUUCUCCCCUUUUUCAUCCAACAUCACCUUUGCCCCUCUCCUCCCCGUCCUUCGAACCCCCUUCCCGCUUGGGCUAGGGUGGGGGACAAGGAGUGGGGAGGAAGGCCCCCCGCCAUCGCCAUCCCCACUAGGCAGGCAGGAAAAAAGGGGUGGUACUUGCCAACCCCCCAGCACUGAGGAGGAUCAGGGCUCUAACCCUUGCCACCCCUCCCCUGCUCCCCACCUUCACCCCCCGGGGCUGGGCUGCCGCUUUUGGGUGGGGGGCAAUGGGUUCCAGCUUGGCUCACACUUGAGAAUGUAAGAACUACAAACGAAAAUUUCUAUUAAAUUAAGUUUUGUGUCUUC